AAGAUAGCUAGCUGGCCGUUAAGGAAGAAGAAGCAAAGAAAGUGUCGCUCAGGGACGAUCAAAGGCGCAAUGGAAUACCGAGAGAUUUUGGAAGAAUCGGACACGAGUCAAUGUUGCGAUGGAUAUCGUCGAUGAUGGUGCAAGGGACUCUGCUGCGUCGGCCUUGGAUCUGGUGUGUUGUUGCUGCUACUGAAAGCACGUCGUACAGUUGAGAUCUGCUGAAUCUGUUGAACUAGUUGGAGAGAGAAGCAUGCAAAAUGGUAUGGUAUGUAAAACAGGAGACUGAGACCAGGCUCAGAAUUGAAUCAAUAUCAGAAGAUAUCGGAAAGGGAAAAGGAAAGAUGGCCAGGAAACCACAAUUCCCGACGGAAAGGAGAAGAUGCUUCCUCGAUCUGAGGGAUGUUAUCAGAGAAUCGGAAAGAUCCCAAGGAAGAGGGAGGGGGAGAGAGAGGAAGAGGGGAGCGAGAAAGAUGAAGCGAAAAGGCGACGAUAGAGGGAAAAAUCGACGGAAGAGGAAGAAGAAGGAUUUGCAGGCCUAUAAAAGAAAGGCAACGACAAGACCUGAAUCUGGAUGGGAAAUUGUUUCCCUUACCUUUUUUGCUUUGCCUUUUUCCAUACAUACAACUUACAACAAUCACACCUCUUUUUAACCUUUUUUUUUUUUUUUUUCUCUUUAGGUUCCCUCUUCAUUUCCACCCUUGUACCUGCCAAUGAAAUGCAUCGGA